CAUAUUAGUUCCAGGCCACUACUGCUACUAAAGAGAGUAUCAGGACAUCUUCGACUAUGAUACCUAUCGAGGCAGCUACUGAUGCUCAUGAGAGUAUCACAACAUCUCCGACUAUGGUGGUCGAUCCUUCUACUAAGUUCUAACGGAAGGAGAAGUAGGACAAUCCGAGGAGGAGCUUAUAGCAGCAACAUGUGAGAGGAUAGAGGAUAGCAACGAUGAUAUUAUCAUUUCUGAGAGAAUUUAGGACUGAGAAGGAGGCAAAGUAUAUGUACUCUAUCACACCGGAAGCAUGGAAGGCAACCCUAAAAACUCCAGAGUUUGAUAGGUCAAAACACCACCCAUUUGGCGAAUCAGUGUACGUUCUACCAAAGACUCUGUCGACAAAACUCGACGAUACGGCUCUGCAAGUGGUUGAGUUCAUCUUCAGUACCACUGCUAAAGACAAGUAUGUUGUCUGGGGAGUUAUUUAAUCACCAAUUUCAAUUUGUCGCACACACAUUUCUAACCUGGUUUUCAUUUGUGUUUUACAAUGGCAAAUUUGUCGUGGAU